AUGCUGCACCGCAAUCACAAUGCCCAUCCCAAACCACCACCUAGAGACUCCUCCUCCAUGCCUUCUCUUUCUCUGAAACACACUUCACCAGCGUCUGUCGUCGACUGCUCCAUCUCCGACGACAGCCCCGCUUUAUCAAGGACAGCAAAGCUAUCCCUCGCCGCCCUGUCUCCCUCACCAAACCGCCCCGCCCCCUCCUCCUCCUCCGCCCACAACUCCCGCACCGCCGCUCGUUCCUCAUCCGUCUCCCUCCAGCCAGACGAGCAACCCGACCAGUCUAGUCUGCACCCGAGGCGCUCCUCUCUGUCCCUCACACGUUCGACAUCGACAGACCCCGCCUCCCCAACUUUUGCAUCCUCAUCAUCAUCGUCAUCCUUCACGAACCCGUCUUUCCUGUCCGUCAACUCACAUCAUCAUCACGGCCCCGAUAAGCACCACCUGUCGCCGAUCCCAGGUAGCCCACUCCCAUUGAAACGCAACUUGUCCGACCUCUCGACCGGGUACAUCAGCGACACAUACUCUGCCGAGCCGCAAAGCAUAGACGACGUCUCGGACACGGCCUCCAACCCCUACUUCAACAGCUUUCCCUCCUCUUCCACCACCCCUUCUAACCGCUCCUCCUCCCCCACGCGCAAACGCGCAUUCUCCGACCUCUCCCGUCGCCCGAUGUCUCUCGCGCCACCGCGCAUGCGCUCCCCCGCGGGCAAGUCUUCGUCUUCGCGCAGUCGACGAGUGAUCCUUAUCGCUGUUGUCCUCCUUGGACUUAUCGUCCUCGGUACCUUCAUCGUUCUCUCAUCGGUGUCGUACGCCCUCUACAUUCCGGCGUCGGCAUUCCUGACGGAAGCUGAAGUCCCCUGGAAGGAGUCGGAUGUUAUCAGGAAGCUCCACGAUGGGUCGAACGACACCAAGGUCGCCGACAUGGUCGAGGCCUCGGCGGCCAAGCACAUGAUCAACUCGGACGACGCCGAGGACGACAGCGAGACCUACUCCGUCACUGCAGUUGACGGCGACAACAAGGACUCGGUCUGGGGCGUCGACGGCAUGGGCACUGGUGGCUACUGGAUGCGUGAAGACUGGGACGGCACGGUCCACAACACGACCUCGUGGGACCGUCUGUACGACGUGAAGCUCAGGGAUGGUGAGAAGAUUCCGCGCAUCAUUCACCAAACUUGGAAGUCGGACGUGCUGCCGGAGAAGUGGCGCACGGCCUGGCGAGAAUGCCGCGAGGGCAUGGCCGACUACGAGUACAUGCUUUGGACCGACGAGCUGUCACGCAAGUUUAUCGCCGAGCACUACCCCGAGGAGCUUGCCAUGUUCGACGAGUACCGCUACCCGAUCCAGCGCGCCGACGCGAUUCGCUACUUCAUCCUGCACCACUUUGGUGGCGUCUACAUGGACCUCGACAUAGGGUGUCGCCGUCGUAUGGACCCGCUGCUGCAGGGCGAGUGGGACACGGUCCUCGCUCUCACCAAGCCCGUCGGUGUGUCGAACGACCUGAUCUUCUCUGCUCGCAACGCGCCGUUCAUGUCUCAGACGAUCAAGGGCCUCAAGAACUUUAACCACGAGUGGGUCAUCAGCUACCCGACGGUCAUGUUCUCCACGGGCCCCAUGUUCCUGUCUGCCGAGUACUCGUUCUGGCAGUCUGCGCACCCGAUCGCUUCUGAUCAGCCGCGGGCCGUCCGCGUCCUCCCCAAGUCGCUGUACGGUAAGAACGCUCCGCAGGACACUGUCCCGCACUCGUUCUUCAGCCACUUCUACGGCUCGAGCUGGCACGCCGACGACGCUGGCUUCAUCACCUUCCUCGGUACCUGGGGCAAGGGCCUGCUCUACGUCGGUGUCGCUGUUCUCAUCCUUGGCGUCAUCCGCCUCAUCUGGAGCAAGUUCUUCAGCACAGGCAGUCUCCGCAUUGCACUCCCGUCCAACAACGACUACCAGGUGCUUCCUGUGUCCACCCCAGUAGACGGGCUCAGCGGCAUGAACUCGCCGACGCAUACACCGCUCGGCCCGCUCAGCCCGACGGGCGAGGUACCGUCGUGGCUGCGCCUGUUCAGCGGCAACGCCAAUCGCCCGUCCCCGCGCACGCCCGGCGGCUCCAGCAGCUGGUUCCCGUGGGUGAAGGACGCAAAGCGCAACCGCCGCGGGUCCGACGCCGCCCUCCCGCGCGAGAGCAAGCGCGACGAGGUCGACGAGGAGAAGGAGCUCAUGAAUGACUGGUAG